UCUGUACGUGGCAGCGUCUACAACCCCUCUCUGUACUAUUCAUAACCUCGGGGUGCCAAGUGGAUUUGCGUCCACAUACCGACGUGUGACGGUCCUGUGUAGACCCGGUGAGGAUAAAGGUUAUUGAAGGAGACAGAAUGGGGAAGUUCCUGUUUUUCACCUCCUGGGUUCUGCUGUCCUGCUUCUGCUGCAGGACCAUAAAGGGAGAAAUCUUCACCUCCAUCAGCCAAAUGACAGACCUGAUCUACACAGAAAAGGAGUUGGUUCAGUCUCUGAGGGAGUACAUCAAAGCAGAGGAGUCCAAGCUUACAGCUGUCAAAAGCUGGGCCAAGAAACUCGAUGCUCUGACCCGAGUGUCCACCUCUGACCCAGAGGGCUACCUGGCCCACCCAGUGAACGCCUACAAACUGAUGAAGAGACUCAACACCGAGUGGUCUGAGCUGGAGAGCUUGGUGCUUCAGAACCCCUCUGAUGGGUUUGUUUCCAACAUGUCCGUACACAGACAGUACUUCCCAGAUGAGGAAGAUGAGACGGGUGCAGCCAAGGCGCUGAUGCGUCUUCAGGACACGUACCAACUGGAUUCUGAAGCCUUCUCCAGAGGAAAGCUGCCAGGUAUGCACUCCAACGCUGUUCUGACAGUGGACGACUGCUUCGACAUGGGGAAGACGGCAUAUAACGAUGCCGACUAUUACCAUGCUGUUCUCUGGAUGCAGCAGUCCUUGAAGCAGCUGGACGGUGGAGAGGAAGCUGUGGUUUCCAAGGCAGAGAUUUUGGAUUACCUCAGCUACUCUGUUUACCAAAUGGGCGACCUACCUCGAGCCAUUGAACUGACACGGCGGCUGGUGGCUAUUGACUCAUCCCACCAGAGGGCAGGAGGAAACCUCCGUUAUUUUGAGAAGCUACUGUUCAAGCAGCUCCAGGAGUCAAACCAGUCCUACCAGCCUGCCUCUGAGGAGCCCAUCCACUUGGGAACCUACAGUAGGCCUAAAGACCAUCUCCCAGAGAGGGAGACCUAUGAGGCUCUGUGCAGAGGAGAGGGGCUCCAAAUGAAUGAAGCAAGGCGCAGCCGUUUGUUCUGCCGCUACCACGAUGGUAGAAGGAACCCUCGUCUCCUGCUGAAGCCCCUAAAGGAAGAGGACGAGUGGGACAGCCCUCACAUUGUGCGAUACCUGAACAUCCUGGCAGAUGAGGAGAUUGCAAAGAUUAAAGAGCUGGCAAAACCCAGGCUUGCCAGAGCUACUGUCCGUGACCCCAAAACAGGUGUGUUGACCACAGCCAACUACAGAGUGUCAAAAAGCGCAUGGUUGGAGGCCGAGGACGACCCUGUAAUUGCUAGAGUCAAUCAGAGAAUAGAAGACAUCACUGGCCUCACAGUAGACACAGCUGAGUUACUGCAGGUUGCAAACUAUGGAGUUGGAGGACAGUAUGAGCCACAUUACGACUUCUCGAGGCGUCCUUUUGACAGCAACCUCAAGGUCGAUGGAAAUAGACUUGCUACCUUCCUAAACUACAAAGAUGAGCCUGAUGCUUUCAAAAGAUUAGGCACUGGAAAUCGUGUGGCAACUUUUUUAAACUACAUGAGUGAUGUUGAGGCGGGAGGUGCCACAGUCUUCCCUGACUUUGGAGCUGCAAUCUGGCCUCGAAAGGGGACAGCAGUCUUCUGGUACAAUUUGUUCAAGAGCGGGGAGGGAGACUACAGGACCAGACAUGCAGCCUGUCCUGUCCUAGUAGGAAGUAAAUGGGUGUCAAACAAGUGGAUUCACGAGCGAGGACAAGAAUUCAGGAGGCCCUGUGGCUUGACAGAAGUGGACUGAAGUUUACCGCACAUCUAUGCAACAUAUGAACACAUUCACAUACACACACACAUCCUUCGUAGUGCCUUAAUUCUGGCAACUCAGACACAUUGUGCAUCACUUACGUAAGUGUUCUCUCCUUCAACUUGUCUGCAUGAUUAACAAAAGGUUCACCAAGGAAGAUAGAUGCCACCGGUGUGUGGGAUCUAACAGCAAACUGUCUUUUCUUCUCUUCACUUAAGGAUGUAGAGCUCUGUACUCCUUCACACAGCGUCACACUACCCCCGCUUGAACGAAAUAAACGGAAACAUGACUUAUAAAUAAAGUUAAUGAAUUUAGAUAAGCAACAGCACUGCUAUUCUUGGUUUUCCAAUAGUACAAAAGUAGAUUUGUAUGAGUCCACUGCCAAACUUUUUCACAAAAUGUUCUGUGUUUUGGCUCUCAUGUGAACAGUGUGUUUAAUUGCUUUUACAACUUUAAACAAAUCACCAGCAUUAGUUGUAUUACAGAGAACCCAUAAGUAAUUUAGGUUGUUCCGCAUUAAUUCUGUUUCAUUUUCAAAUUUCUUAACAAACUAAAAUGUAAUUUUCAUACUCUACACAUCUGAAUACGAAGCAACAACUGUGCGAAGAAAAAAACUUGCGCUAGUCUUUGAUAAAUAAUGAAAUGACUGUUGUUGGUGAUGUGAUCGUGGACACAACUGUUGAUUUUGCACUGCAUUACAAAUAUCUGACAGAUCCCACCUGUUACCUCUGCAACACAAUCUGAGAAAAAGCCUCUCUGUGUUGGUCAUUUUAAAUAAAAAUGGAAGGCUUUAAUGAAAAAUUACAGGGGAAAAAAUCAAGUGAAAUUUACUGCUAUACCUUCAUUCAUAAUGUCAUUUCAUUCUUUAUCAUUUGCACCAAAAAGUGUCUCAUUCCCUUUCAAAUUCGACAGAGAAGUACCUUUCCUCCAAAUCAUGUCCAUUAUGUGUUUAUUUAUAUAGUGUUUAAAUUAUUACACUGUUGUUACAUUGUAUCCUCUUUCUACAAGAUGGCAAACAAGAAAGUCAAUAAACGGUGUCUUUUAU